UCACGCCCAAGUUUAAAAGGUGGGCCAAGUCAAGCGCAGUUGAUUGAUUCUUAUUCCAAAGUCACCAUGUCGGAUUUGCAGCUCCGCCAACGCCAAAUUCUCAAUCUCUUCGAGCGGGUCGCUCAACCAUUCAGUCCUAAACCGGACAUUGUUUUUGAAUUGCCGGAAUUCGUCUUUUCACCUGAGGAUGUCGUUCCGCCAACCGGGUCAACUAGGCCAUCUCCCAGCCCACCUGCUGAUGUCUUGAAUAUCCCCGAAUUGGAGCUGGUUAAAACGGUUCCGCGUGGCAGGUUAUUUUCAUCUUUUCAUCCAGCGCACCGAGCAGCCGCCUACGCACUCGUUAGGAUCUUUAAGAAUGCUCCGACGGUGGCGGAUAUGCUGAAUUUAGCCGCCCAUCCAGACAUUCGUGAUCAAGUUAAUGAGCACAUUUUCGUGUUCGCCUUGUCAGCUGCCCUCAUUCAACGACAAGACUCUCGUUCCCUACGCACACCACCCAUCUGGGAAAUCUUUCCCGGGAAAUUUUUCGAAACGAGAGUCAGAAGUGAAGCGCAAACGACUGUCCAGCAGCAGCAACUCAAGCAGUCUUCCGUGACAAAACCCAUCAUUAUUGAUAAAAACUUUGCAGCAACAGACAGAGUUGUGGAGAAUAAGCUGUCAUACUUCCGGGAAGAUUUGGGUAUCAACAGUCAUCAUUGGCAUUGGCACUUGAUUUUUCCGGUGGAAGCGACGGCAGAUAUUGUCAAUCCGCCAGAUCGUCGUGGCGAGCUUUUUUAUUACAUGCACCAACAGAUUUUGGCUCGUUACGAUGCAGAGAGAAUAGCUAAUGGCUUGGCCAGAGUGACGUCAUAUCACGACUGGGAUCAGCCCAUUUUGGAAGCAUACUUUCCGAAACUGACGACUGCCAACGGUGCCAUUCACUGGGCAUCCCGACCGUCUGGGCUCGUUCUAAAGGACAUCAAUAUCCCCGACGAAGGGGUUGAACUCGGUAUCGAAUUUCACAUUGAUGAUCUACAACUAUGGCGCACCCGCAUCCUUCACGCUAUACACAAAGGCUCAGUGGUCAAGGGGAACGGCCAAGUCGUUCAUUUGGAUGAUAAAACGGGGACCAACACCUUAGGAGAACUUAUCGAGGCGUCACAAUGGUCUGCCGACAAGUUGUUUUACGGUGAUCUGCACAACUUUGGACACAUUGCAAUGUGUUACAUUCACGACCCAGACCGCAGCCACUCGGAAAAUAUGGGAGUUAUGGGCGAUUCGGUGACAGCCAUGCGAGACCCUUUGUUUUACCGAUGGCACAAGUUCAUUGACUCGCUUUUCCAGCAAUUCAAAGCCACUUUGAGUCCGUACAGCGCUCAGCAGUUGACCCUAGAAGGCAUCACGGUAAACAGCGUCGAAGUACACCGGAACCAGCCUCCCGCUCCAGGGUCAAUUCGCCAGAAAAACCUCAUUAUCACGGGCUGGCAAGAAAGUAUCGUCGAAUUAGAUCGAGGACUGGACUUUUCAAGUUCGACUCCGGUCCAAGCGCGGGUAACUCAUUUGCAGCACGAAGAUUUCUCCUAUCGAAUUCAAGUGACAAAUACGACCAAAACGAGUCAAGAUAUUGUGUUCCGCAUUUUCCUGGCUCCCAUUAAAGACCAUUCCGGGCGGCCUUUUUCGUUCAGGGAACAACGUCUUUUAAUGAUUGAGCUGGACAAAUUUGUUGCCAGGGUAACUCCCGGAGCUAAUGUAGUCAAGAGGAAAUCUGACGAUUCUUCAGUGACGAUCCCGUUCGAAAGAACUUUUAGGGACCUGGAAACAGCUGCUCCCGCAGUCCCUCUCGCUCCAGGAGGUGUCCCCACCAAUUUGCCGACCGACAAACGGACCAAUUUCUGUGGUUGCGGGUGGCCGGAUCAUUUUUUGGUGCCGCGGGGAGUGCCUAACCCAGGAAUGCCCUUCACGCUUUUCGUUAUGGCCACCAGCUGGAAAGAGGAUCGCGUUAAUGAGACUACUACUGCCACAGGCGACGACACUAAAAAGCUCUGCCGUAACGCAGCCUCUUAUUGCGGGAUAUUGGACGACAAGUAUCCGGACAAGAGGCCGAUGGGCUUUCCAUUUGAUCGCCCCCCUGAUAAAUCGAUAACCACAUUGGCCAAAUUCGUCGAAAAAUCGCCCAACAUCACGACGGCCGAAAUCCGAAUUCAGUUUGAAGAUCGAGUUAUACGCCGUUUUCCCCAAUAGCCUAUUAUUCGCAUGUCCACCAGUGUGCACUCUCCUACAUAAUAAUUAUUUCCGCAUUUUUUUUUCCUCGUUCGUAUAUUUCGCAGUAUAUAGCAAUAUAAUCUCUUAAGCAUUUGAUAGCACGAAAGCGAACAACAGAAUGGCUGAUUCUUGGAUUUCAUUUGUACCGCUGGAAGCGGAUGUUGUGGGACGUCCGUAAUUCCAUGGAAAAGAAUUUCAAGGUAAUAACAUUCUUCGCUUUGCUCGGAAAAGUCUUGAUCUUGUAAAGAUCAGAUUUCUUUUGCUAUUCAAUACGAGAGCUUAUAAGAUACAGUCGAGCAUUCUUUUCUUUAAGAACUGCCUCUUUUCUCAAGGCUAUGGAGUGUAUACCCACAUAACAAUCGGUGCUAAAUUGCUACACAUAAUACAUUCAUUUCAUUCCUUUUUUUUUCUCCUUCUUCCCGUUCCUUCCCGAUUCUCUUCAUUGCGCAGCGCUUUCCUUUUCCGGUAACUAGAAACGUAUACAAAUUAUAAAUACGGGAAUUACACGAGUCCGAAUCUCUCCAACGAGCAGCAGCCCCCUUGCUGUGUACGCAAUAAUAAAGGCUAUAAUCUCCAGAGAAUUAGAAAGAUAAAUAAUUUUUUUAAAAAGAUUUAAUCGUUUAUUAUUUAGAUUUGUCCCGUUUUUGGUCACGAUUACCGUAACGACAUCUAAGAAACGUUCAACGCACUUUUUUAGUAAAUAAUCGGUAGCCAUCUUGAAUUUGAAUAGCUCGAAAAUUUUCAGGUCGUUGACGUUGAGAGGAAAAAGUAAUUUGCCUAACUUGUUUUGUAUAAUUUUUAUUAUCCCGUGAGAAAUGUACGCGUUUGAAGUAUUAAUUUUGUUAUCUGUCAUGAGAUAUCAGUAUCUAUAAGGUCACAACGUCUACUCGUUUUAUCUUUUCAUUUGGCUGAUGGAUAGACCACGUCAAAUGAUGCGAGUUGGGUAAGAUUGCUCGUCAGCCAACACAGACCCGCUGGCGCAGUGCCCUCAUUUUUUAAGGUUCAAGUCGUUGACAUGUUGACAGUGAAUGUCGUGAUAGUUUAAUCAGCUUCUUUUCACUGCCAUAGGAACUACAAACAGAACUCAUAUUGGCACAGUUUUGGGAGACUGACAUUUGAUGAUGCAGGUUAAUCAGCGAGGAUUGCCGGCCUACAUUUCCCUUUGGAACAACUACACACACAGAGGAAGUUGUGGCUUUAUCAAAUGUGGUCCACGAUAGAGUUUGCCUUAUCUCUCUCUUUGUUGAGAGGCCACAUCCAACCAUUUUUGUUGCACACACUUCAAGCCUGGUGUCGUGAAUAUUGAUUUCCAUCUAGGGGGAAAUCCAAAGAAAUAUCCUUACGAUUGCAUGAAAACAAUGUUGGGCUUAUUUGAUUUUCCCUGCAUGUGUUGACUGACUAAACAAUAACAGUGAUAAAGUAGUACGUCUGCCUAGAAUACCAAAUACACUCACCUUGUGAUGAAUGGAAUUAUAAAGAUAUAGUAACACCCAUUAAAAGUGUCAUAAAUUAACGUGGAAUGUAUAAAUACACGAUCAGAGAGUA